AGAGGGCCGUUUUCCACUUGACUACUACCAUAAACAACAGCGUCAAAAUGCAAGGGUCUUGGUCAUUUCUUUGCGUGCUACUAAUUACCAGUGUAACGAAAAACAAUGCCGUAGAAAAUCUCAUCUUUGAAGACACCUUUGACACGCUGGAUCCCAAAAAUUGGGAACACGAAAUCACCGCAUGGGGUGGAGGGAACUGGGAAUUCGAGGUCUACACUGACGACCCCAAAAACAGUUACGUGAGAGAUAACACCCUGUUCAUAAAACCAACCCUGCUGAAAGACAGUAUCAAUCCUUUGACUGGUCAGCCAUUUGGCGAAAGUUUUCUUUAUAAUGGGACAUUGGAUAUAAGAGCAAUGUAUGGUCGUUGCACAAAUGAAAUGUUUUAUGGAUGCCUGCGCAGAGGACAAGGCGGGCAAAUCGUGAACCCCAUCAUGUCUGCCCGUCUGCGGACUAAAGGCAAAUUCAGCUUCAAGUACGGUCGGCUGGAGGUCGUGGCCAAAAUGCCGGCAGGAGACUGGAUAUGGCCAGCUAUUUGGCUUUUGCCUGAGGAUAAUGAAUACGGAGAUUGGCCAAGAUCUGGAGAAAUUGACCUAGUGGAAGCAAGGGGAAAUCGAGAUCUAUAUGGGGUAAAUAAAUCAGAGCAGGGGGUGAACGCGAUUGGCUCAACGCUACACUGGGGACCCAUCUAUAAUGACAAUAAGUUCCAUCUCACACAUAAGACAUAUACAAACAAAACGGCCAACUUUGCAGAUAAUUUCCACAAGUAUGUCGUUGACUGGACCGCCAACGGCUUCAGGUUUUCCGUUGAUGGCCACCAGUUCCUAGAAAUACCAUCUCCGCUGCUGGAUGAAAACCCCAGCUUUCCCGGUUUCUGGGCGUGGGGUAACCAGAGCGACGGCGGGUGGCACGACCAAACUCAAUCAAACCCUUGGAAAAAUGGGACACAACUGGCUCCAUUUGAUAAAGCUUUCCACAUCAUCAUGAAUGUUGCAGUGGGAGGCACUGGGGGAUUCUUUCCCGAUUCCCUUAGAGAUGGGUCUGGGAACAUCACUAAACCGUGGAGGGACAGCGACUCUAAGGCCUCAGCUACGUUCUGGGAGGCCAAGGACAGGUGGUAUCCUACAUGGACGACGGAGGGGGAGGGUGUGGCCAUGCAGGUUAAGUCAGUACGCGUGUAUCAAACUGAGGGAACUGCCACAAGCAGUGGCGCCAUCUUGCGAAUGAACUCCUGUUCGUUGCUUGCUGUCUUAUUCCUUAUGAUUUUGGCAGUGUGGCAUUUUUAGUUUAUUAUCAUCAUUACCAUUUCAGUGAAGAUAGGAGGAAGUUGGACUGUAAUUUGAAUUAUGACAAGCAAUUAUUCUAUUCUUUUAGAAAGGCAAGGAUGACAAAUGUUUUGUUGAUAUAAUGCUGGGCUUAGGCCUAAGCAUUUAAAGAAUGCAUGAACUGGGACUAUUAAUUUCUCGCUAUAAUAUUUUGCUUUAUAUAUUAUUAUAUAUUAUAUAUUAUUGGUU